CAUAAAUAAUCAAGACAACAAUAUGGGCAAUAUAAAUAUUGAUUACUUGUGCAUGCAAUUGAACAAUUAUAGCAAUCAGUACUGCUUGGAAAGUCCAAGAAUGGGAGUUAAUGUCAUACAUGUUUGGUUUAAGAUGCUAAAUUACUUUGUUUUUUUGUUUUGUUAUGUUUUUUUUUGUUUUUUGAAAUAAUAUACUAACUGCAAAAUGAAACUCAUGCCAGUUAGACUUUGUUUGAAAUAUUUAGGGUUCAGUAUAGAAAUUCAAAUUUUGUAUGCUUACUACAGUUCAGGUAUCAAUAUAAAUUCAUGUACUGAUGGCAUGUGAUAAGUUAUUUCCUUAUGUAUGUAUGUGAGUACACAUGUGUGUGCAUAAAUGUAUUUGAACAUCAUAGCAAUUUUGGUGGAGAUGGAAACAGGUAACAUUUUGGGUGGUGGCUCUGACCAGGAAGACGGGGAUGGUGAGUGAUGAGUAUCGAGGAUAGUGGAGGAAGGAUGGGAAGAAUGGCGCAGUUGAAGACAUCGCUGCUGCGCCAGCAGCAGCGCAAGUCGCAGAAGCUGCCGUUGGUGGAUCACAUGGGGCAGUUGAAUGUGGAGACUAGGGGGUUGCCGAAAACGUUCCUGUACUGGGGGGACUUGUUUCAUACUUUGGUGAACAUGCCGACGCCGCGGUUCAUUGCCAUCUUGUUGUUGAACUAUACUGUCUUGUUUGUAGGAUUCGGUGUGCCCUAUUACUAUGAUGCACGUAACAACAACUGCAUUCCAGGGGUAACCUCGUUCGACCAUGCGUUGUGGUUCAGCGUGCAGACGUCCAUGACGAUCGGGUAUGGCGGAGACUUGACGCCGGACCCCAGUUGUAUUCUCACGAACAUUAUGGUGGUGGUCCAGUCGCUGGCGACCUUGUUGGUGGCGUAUUCGCUACUAGGUGUGUUUUAUGUUCGAUUUUCACAACCUGCACGGCGGGCGCAGACGUUAAUCUUUAGUCGGUAUUGCACGAUACACGAGGAAGAUGGGGUUCCCGUGCUGUCGUUCCGUAUCGCCAAUAUUCGGAAGCACCAGAUUAUCGAGGCGAAUGUGAGGUUGUUGAUUGGGUUCAAUAACACACUUGGGGGUACUGACGUCGAGACAGUGUUUCAUUUCACGUCGUUGCCGAUUACAGGGGGUAAUCAGGUGUUUCUCGGGUUGCCUUGCACGGUGAAGCAUCCCAUCACGAGUACGAGUCCGUUGUAUGGGUUGAAUAUUACUGAAUUGGAGGAUGCGGAUUGUGAAUUGCUUGUGUUACUGGAGGGCGUGGAUGCCUCAACUUCAUGCAAGCUGCAAGCGCGCCACUCGUACUUACCUAAGGACAUUCGGCGAGAUGUCACUCACGAGACGAUGGUGUUCAGGUCACCGAACGGUCGACGAUGCGUGGAUUUUUCCAAGUUUGACAUCUUGCUGCCAGUAUCCUCUGCAUCGCUCAUCACUCGUCCUGAUUCCUCCGCCCAAUUGCCACCAAUUUCACAGGCUGCUAGGCACGCGUUUCUGGCGUCAAGUGCCGCCGUCACUGCUUCUCAAUGUUACGAUAAUACAGAGGACAAUUCCUGGAUUUGGAAUAUCCUUCAAUCGACCUCGUCAAACAUUAAGCCGAAUGAAGGAACGACUCACAGAGAGCCUGGAGAGCAGUUGCCUAGCCGGCCUCGCCCACCCUUGUGGAGGGGAUCCAAUUACUCUUGGCUCGAGCAGCAUCCUUGGUACCCAAGAAGCUUCAGCAUGCCUGCGGAAUUCGGUCGACUCAGCGGGGACAAUGGCUUCUCAAUGGCGGCCUCCGAGGCGCCUGAUGAUACUGCAGAGCUGAAACAAAAGUUAGCCGCAGCGGAGGCAAGUGUUCACGCUUUGCGACAACAGCUUUCCGAGUUCCUAACUCCGAUCCGCGGUAUCCGCGAGUAACUUUCGACGGCUUCUGAUGCAGCCUAACGCCCGCUUGUUGAAAAUUCGGUUCCCAAGCUUCUUUCUUCCUCCUCAAACCCCUCCGCAGCCCGAUAAGUUCUCAAGCUCAGGGCAGCUCUCACUCACUGAGGUGUGAAUGCGCGCGUCUGCGGAGCUCAACGGCAUCAUUGCUCGUAUCGUAACCUGAGUUGCAUAAUUGUGUCACUCAAUGACAUUUAUGUGGGGCUAGAAUCCAUGUGGCUUCUCUCUUACACGUGAUUCAUCAAUUGCCGCAGUGAUCGACUAGAUGGGCGUUACAUCUCAACGGUCACGAGCACAUCUCUAACCGAAUUUAUAUUGUUUACACACACAAACUGGGUCUUUCCUACGCUCUCAAUCUCGCUACACGUGGACUAUCCGAAGUGCAGUCCGGAAAGAGCUUGUUCGUGACGUAGGUGAGAAAAUCGAACCAUAUUGAUUUGGCCAGGAACUGCCGGGAGUAACCCACCUGCUGGGACCCGAAUGCACACCAAAUCAGUCUUCGUAGAUCCACAAGUAAAGGAAGUACGAUGAUAGUUGGAAAUAGCUUAAGUAAAACGACUCCCUUUUCUGAGAACUUAGGGAGUCAUUUGUACUAUCAAGGGUCUGGCCUAUCCUUAUUAUUAUACGUUCAUAAUUCACUAUUGGCACCUUACCGUAU